GUCCUGUUAUGCAACCGCUGACCUACUAACAUACAUUUCUAAACAGAAGCAGCUAGCGGCAGGAUACUGGAGCGCCUCGCCAACACAACACAAGAACCCAUGCGUACUGGACGUGUGCGUGCGUCACUUCGCCUUUUAUUCAAGCCACCGAAGCUGAUACAAACAGACUAAUAAGAGUCAUCAGGCCACAGAAAUAUUUUGGAUACAGGCACAAAAGCCACAAACGCCUUUCAUCGAACAGCCAGCUGGAGGCUUUGGGAGCAGCAGCACCCCUCCCCAAGAGGCUGACAAGCUGGGGCAGACCGAGUGACCUAUAUCCUCCAACACGCCCAAGGCACUGGGAUCUCUGUCGGCUUGAUAGAGCCGUUACAUAAAGGAAUAAAAGUGAAAACAAAGAAAAGGGGGUCAGAAUCCUUCAAGCAAAUUUGGUCACAUUUCCUCUACUUUGGGACUUGAUUGGCCCUCUUUCACUCCCCUGUUUGGCUUUGAAAGACAUUGUGUGCAAGCCAGAAGAGUUGUUUUAGGUUUGUUAAAUGCAGGAGAUUUAUUAAGAGGAGCACCUGUUCUUACUCUUCUUAGCCAAGCAGGAAACUUGAUCAUCAAGGGAUAUUUGCUUGAGCUUCACAUCAACAAAAUCAAUGAGGUUCAGUUUUCCAGGGACUAAAAUACCUCAUAAAGUCUUUGAUUGUCCAGCUACUUAGUUGAAGAUUCUCCAGUCCACUAUUCGUCAGGAUAACCUACAGGAAUUCCCAUCACCACCUUUCCCCCUUUACCCCAUCCCCGUUCCUUCAUUUAUUUCCAUUUUACCAGUGGUGAAGCAGAGGUCUCAAACUGGCUCCCAUUGAGGAACAAUGGAAAGUGAGAGCUUAGAAAUUUCAACAAAUUCCAGUGCUGGCAAAACCUUAAAGAACACAGAGAGCUUUCUAGACUACAGUGAUCUUCUCCAUUCUCCUCAAAGCAACAUUCGCCAGAGCCGCCUUCUCAAACCAAAGCCCAACAUGAGCUGUCGACGCAAGCGUGAGUUCAUCUCUGAUGACAAUAAGGAUGCAUCUUACUGGGAAAAGCGACGCAAGAACAAUGAGGCUGCCAAGCGUUCCCGGGAGAAACGGCGCUUUAAUGACAUGAUCCUCGAAAACAGAGUUAUGGUGCUGAACGAUGAAAAUGUACGUCUGAAAACUGAGCUUUUACAACUUAAGCUCAGGUUUGGUAUGAUAAGUACAGCCUCCUAUGUGGAAAAGAGUCAGCAGAUUGGUGGAGCAGGCAAUGGAAGCCCUGGGGGAAACUCCACGUCCUCCUCUACCACAAGUAGUUUCUACCCUAAUGGUUACUCAAGCGUUUCUCAGAUGAUGAUGAACUCUGAUUCUUCUGAAACAGACCAGUCUGUUCGAGGGGACAGGCAUGUGAAAAUGGCAAAGUACUCCCCGCGAGGUUCUCUCUCUGAUAUGUCCGAUGGCUCCUCUCGGGACAGCCCAGAGCCACUUUUGUAUGACAUCAAGCAGGAGGGGAUGGGUCUAGACAUGGACAUUGUCAACAGCACAGCCACACAGAUCAUGCUAAACAUUCAUUCUAGGUUGCCUGCAGUACUUCACCAGCACACUUUUGAGCCAGGUUAUUCUGCCAACCAACAGAAGCAACGAUGCCAAGAGACCAUUGCAAGUUCAGUCGCUCCACAACCCGCUCAAAGAAGUGUUAUCCUAUACCGUUCAAGCAGUGCUUCAUAUCCUGUGGAAACUCAGGAAAUUAAUCCUAAAGAACAGCGGAACCUCACACAGCCUAUAGAGAGACCAACUGGAAGCUUGGCAGAGGUGUCUAAACAGCUAGAGAGAAAGACUUUGGACUCUCCUCCUUAUGAGCACCCAGAUGGGGAAGCAGCCGACAGGCAAGCUUACAUUGCUCAACGACAGACCCCCAGGGUUGAUGCUUCUGCCCCAGAUCUUCUAAUGAGACCAGAGAAAGGAGAUGAAGCACAGAUAUACCAGUGUUCUAAUGGAACCUUAGAGAAUGAUGAGCCACCAGUGCUGGCCUACGAAGGAGGCUUGAGACAAGAAGAGUACUACGAGAGUCACUCUGGAAAGGACUCUUCCUCAAGUGACGGGGAUCCCCGCAGCUCUGAUAAAGAGGGCUCCACCGAUGAUGAGUCUCCCUCUUCUUCUUGCUCUGAUACAGGGAGCAACCAUCCUCACAUAUUCAUGACCCAGAUCUCCUUCUCACCAAGCCAAUGCAAAGACGGCCAAGCGGAAAUCAAAGGCACUGCCCUACCCCACAAAUUGAGACUCAAACACAGAGCUCAGAGCGAUGGGAGAGCAUCGUCUCAAGACUCACCGACGACACCACCUGCUAACUCCCAACCAUUACCUCAGCAUCCUUACCUGGACUUGUCUCAACCUGGCGGCCAGUCAAGUACAGGGUUUUACACCUCGGCUGGAAGCAUCGAAUGUGGGAAGAAGGAAUCAAGUAUGCGUAACGGCCAUAACAAGAGACAUGACUGAACUUGGGACUCACUUGGGUCUUGAUACAAAGCCCCAAGAGACUUUUUAUAAACCCAUCUUGAGGUCCUACCUUGAUCUUGUACCCGUCACCCCAUUCCCAGUUCGAAUGCCUAGAGAUAAGAGAAGUGGACAUCAUCAGGACUGCUGCAUUGUACAAUAAUGUAUAUAUUUACCUUUUGUGGUUUGUUUUUUAUGUUUGUUUGACCUCCUCUUAAGGUUAGAGUAGCACUUUUAUUACAGAAUGAAAUAGGACGGCAUGCUAUUGAUCGCACUUACCUGUAGUUCCCAUGCUGCUGCAAGAUGUCAAAGUAUGUCAUUCAAUUCAAAAGCAAUAUCUACCACAUCUGAGGCAUUUUAAUGGAUUCAUAUUUGUAAAUAGACAAUUUCAAGUGCCCAUCCUUAUUUAUGGCCACACCUUAACAACAGAACAUUUGGCUGUGCACCAUUUUUAAACAUACCAAACACCAGAAGAUUCAGGGAACUUGUCCCUUGACCAAAGAAACAUGGCUUUGAGUUUAUACCUGUCUCUGCUCCCUACCUCUGCUUUCCUAACUAGUGCUCCCCAUCACUUUCCCAACGUUAAACAGCCUAGCUACCACUCCUUCUUGAUCAGGCACUUGGUUUGAAUGUAUAAUAUGUGAUAUAAAUAUUAUAUAUGAAUAUAUUUUAAGAAAACAAAAAGAUUACAUGAAAAAAUAGCGAGUUCGGUGACUAAUGAAUUUGUCCUUGUCAAAAAUACUGUACAAUACCAGUGUGUUUUCUGUUUGAUAUGCCACUUAAUAUAAACUCCUUUUUUUACUUUAACAAUUUGCAAUUAAAUAUAUUUUUUUGAAACUUUCCUUUUAUAGAAAAAAUUAGAAAAUGCCCCAAAUCCUUUACCGAUGCAUUAGUGGGUUGAUGUAAGCUUCAUGUCAUAGAUACUAAAUUGUGUUUCCAUUGCAGUUAUAACUCAUUGUCUGAUCUUGAAACAUUACAUGGUGUUUAACGUUAAAAAAUAUAUAUAAUUUUUCCUUUAACAUAUCCUAAAAGUACAUAUCCAGCUUCCCUUUUAUGUAGCCUCCUCCAUUUUUAUAGUUUUUCUUCUACACCAACUGAAGUAAAAACAUUUUUGCUUCAUAACCCUGAAAGGAAAGGAAUCUUCUGCUCUUAUUAGCAUGGGGUUUACAGGAAAGCUCCACCCUGCUUACAUCAGUAUAAAUGGAUAAUUGCUAGCAUAGUGUCCUUGACCGUUUGCCCUUGAGGCCCCUGGUUAAGUGAUUCAGCUAGCUGAUACUGCAAUUUUUUUCGGUCUUUAACCGGUUGGCUGACUCCGCGCUAGUUAACCGCUAACCUGCAUAUGUUUCCCUGCCCCUGCCAAAAAUGAGGUUUGAUUAAAGUUGUUGAGAUUUUUUUUUUUACUUUAAAAUAGAAUGCUUGUACAUUUUCCAGGUGUAGCUCAAUUUUGCAGCUUAUUUUUUCCAAAAUAAUGUCAUGUUAACUUAUGGCACUUGUGUAUAAAUGUAAAAUCUUUUUCCACUCACAACACUGUAUUGUGCUUUUUAACUAAACUGUUUUGGGGGCCAAGUGUUGUCCUGUUUAUCACUUUACUUCCAGUUUGCUGUGAUUUCGCAAUUGCUCACCAUAAUGUCACCUAUUCCCCUUCGACCUUUCAGUGUGUUUCAAAUUGAGUGAUGUUUUAUUUUCUUAUGGUUUUAUCAAAACGAAAAUGAAAAAAAAAGCGAGCGAGGCUUGUUUCGGUGUUACUGAGUAGACCGUGGCACUGCUGUUCUGUUGCUCUGUUUUGAAAUUGAUGCAUAUUGUAAAUAACAUUAAUAUUCAGUGCUAGGGUUGGGUGCAUUUCAAAAAUUCAACAAAAAAUAAAAAGUUGUUGCAUUAUU